GUUAAUUAAGACUUGUAUCUAUGCUUUGCCUACUCACUUCGGCAGCGAGUUGUCAGUCGAACUUGUUGCAAAUAACAAGUGUUGUUUUAAAUUUUCGCUUUAAAAUGUUCGUUCAUGAUAAUUACGUGCGUGGUAACGAAAACAUACAAGUACCGGCGCACUUGAAUUUCGGAAAAUACAUACUAGACAAGAUUAAACUGAGAAAUGAUGAAAUAGCUUUGGAAAACUCAGACACUGGUGAAAAACUAACAUACAAGGAAUUUACACAAUACGCCGUCAAUCUAUCCACUCUCCUGACAAAGUUAGGGGUCGGGCGAGGCGACACGGUUGCAGUGGGAUCGGAAAAACGCAAUGAAUUUGUUCCAACCGUUCUUGGGAUCGUGUUCACUGGUGCGACAUACACCCCUUAUGAUUUAAAGAGUGGCAGAGCUGCAUUAAAACACAAGCUAUCCGUGGCAAAACCAAAAUAUUUUAUAUGCUCGCACACAUUUUGGACAAUGUAUAGCGACAUAUUAAAAAGUUUUGACUGCAUACACAAAUUGUUCACAUUGGACGAUGCAAUGGACGAUGGAGUUUCAAUAAAAAGCUUGAUAUUGAGCGAUGUUGACGUAAAUCGAUUCGAGCCAGCGUCUGUACACGGCCAGAUAGAUACGGCUUUCAUUUUGUAUUCUUCGGGAACCACCGGCAUGCCGAAAGGUGUUCAGUUGACACACUUAAAUUGCAUUCUAAAUAGUUUACCGGAUGAUUUUAGCGAUGAAUCUCUCAAAACGGCCUUCCUGUUUGGAGAGUGGUAUCAUAAUUACGAUACUUUCAUGACAUAUAAGUUUUUGGCACUCGGAAGAAAAAUUGUUUAUGUAAAUCAUGCCACCCCUGAAUCGUUUCUUAAAAGCGUUGAAAAUAACCAAGUAAACAUCGCAUUUGUGGUUCCAUCUCUCGUUGGUUACUUAUCGAAAGCUGACGAUGCUGAGAAGUACAACCUUAGUUCACUUCACACAAUUUAUUCUCGUUCAUCGCCUCUUCACAGCAAAACUAUAAAAACAGUCAAAUCUAGGUUUCCAAAAUUGAAAAAUAUUUUACAAGGGUACGGAAUGACAGAAGCGGGUGAGCUGACUUCCGAAAGCUGGGGAACAAAAGGCUCUAAACUAGGCAGUGUCGGUAUGGCUUCCCCGGGAAUCACUUUGAAGGUUGUAGACUCAGAAACCCGCAAAAUUCUGGGUCCAAACGAGCGUGGUGAAAUUUGCCUUAGAGGCCCCGUCUUUAUGAAGGGUUACGUAGGAGUAGAUCCUUCAAUUUAUUUAGAUGAGGAGGGCUUCUUCAAAACUGGUGACUUAGGGUAUUACGACGAAGACAGAUAUUUUUAUAUUGUUGAUAGAAUGAAAGAAAUCAUCGUUUAUGAUGGUUACAAGGUCGCGCCUUUAGAGUUGGAGACAAUACUGCAGUCACAUCCAGAGGUUUAUGAGGCCGGUGUGGUUGGGAAACCAGUGCCUGAUUAUGGUGAAGAACCAACCGCCUUCGUUGUUAGACAACCAGGUUCUAAUGUUACUGAGAAAGAAUUAAUUGAUUAUGUUUCUACGGAGGUUCCACCUUAUAUGCAGUUAAGAGGUGGAGUUAACUUCAUUGAAAAAUUGCCAAGAAAUCCUAGAGGAAAGAUUUUGCGCCAUCAGCUAAGAAAUAUGUUAAAUUAAAGUGCAUAUUCCCGUGCCGUUAAUAUUAACGCCGAUAUAAACGUGAGAUAGCAAAUCUCUUUUUAGAUAUUUACCAGAUAUAUACUAUGUAUAAUAAUUAUACCUAUGGAUAAGUUAUGAACUCUAAAUAAUAGCAGACUAUUAAAUUCCUUACACAAAUGUUUACCUAAACUUAAAUAAAACCAUACCUACGUUAUCCCUAAAGAUGUAGUAUGAAGUGGACUUAAUCAGAGGACCCACUCGUCGAUUUUAUUUUAGCAGCUUUAUAUUUUUUUUAUGGUGAGAAAUCGGAAUCAAACCCAGGAACUCGACAGACUCAUAACCACGAUUAACAACGAAGACAAUAUCCGAAAA